AUGCACGGAGAUAUGAAUUGGGGGAAUUUUCUAGUACAUUUCGAAAAUACUGUAGAAAAAAGCGAUUCUGAUGAGGAUGUAUGCCGUACCAGAGGAGUGGGGGAAACUCCUGGAGUUCCUACGAGAGGAAGAGAAGAAAAUUUUGAGUGUUGCGUAUCCUCUGUUAGUCCUUUUGAUGUGUUUCAAAAGGUGUCAGAUGAACAUACACAAACAUUACCAGAUGAAACCCACACAGCUGAGCAUUUUCCUCGGGAAUCUAUUUUGAAGUGGUUGAUGAACUUGCACAUAGAAGAUAGGAGCGGUUCGAAUGACGGAAGAAAGCCGAAUGAUCUGUCUGAGAGAAAUCAUAAAAAUAAAUUGGAAAAUUAUGGUGGUGAUCAUGGCAACCACCAAGUUGAAGACAAGAACCCUUCAUCAUCCUCAAGGCUUCAUUAUGAAGGAGUAAGUAAUUUGGAAGUAGUCGGAGAUGGGAAUAAUACAGGCAGUCGGAAUAACAGAUUUUUCAAAACUCGGCUGUGUGAAUUCUAUUGGAACAAUCCUAAAGGCUGCGUUUUUGGUGAAAAAUGUCGAUUCGCUCAUGGUAUAGAGGAGCUAAAAUAUGUUCCUCUCGGACAGGAAUAUAAAAAGAAGAUUUGUCAUAAUUUCCUUAAUUGCGGAGAAUGUGCUUUUGGCAAGAGAUGUGUUUACGUCCAUGAUGAACCACUGGAGAAGUUGAGACUUAUGAGAAUACAAGGAGAAUUGUUUUAUGUUUAUAAACGGAGUCAUCCUGAAGCUCAAGAUGUACUCGUAACGGAGUUAUUGGGGUUAUGCGAUAGUAGAGUGAGGGAUUUGGAAGAAUUACUAUUACAGGUAUAUUUUAGCUGA